GUUCCAAAGCAAAUUACAAAAAGAGUUGCAUAGAAAACCCUCUAUGUGUUUAUGCAUUAUCGUGAAUACCUGUCAGCAAUCACAUUUUCCUUUGCGUUGGUAUUUCUAACAGUUUAUAACAACAUCGUACGUGAUCGGGUGAUGUCCAUCUGUCAUUUUCAUUUUUAGUAAUAAGAAAAAACUGUUUUCGGAUAUAUUGGAAUUUUUUAAAGUCUUUUAAACGUUUGUAAAUAACUUGAAUUUUCGUUCAAUAAGUAAGCACUGUUUUGACAUUGAUUAUUUUCAUACCCCCACAUGCUUGUCACCGCCAAGAGGUCACCACAUAUUGCAAUAUUAUGGAUUUUUCCGGUAGUGGUGCUGCAAAGUUUGACCCCUCUAAAAGAGAGGACUACAUGAACGAAGUGAAACAGCAGUUAGCAAUCGCUAAUGCGCAGGAAUUACUCCAGAAAAUCUCAGAUAAAUGCUUUCACAAGUGUAUCACUAAACCUGGGACUUCACUCAGCCAUUCCGAGAAUAAAUGUUUAGCGAUGUGUAUGGACAGAUAUAUAGACACUCAGAAUUUAGUGGCCAAGGCAUUUGGAAACCGUGUACAGCAGGAAAUGUCCAGGAUGUAGUGUUCAAUAGUGAUAGUAACCAUGGAAACUAACAGUGAUAGUAACCAUGGAAAUUUAGUGAUUUUAAAAGUGGCCGAUACACAGUUCAGAAGAUGCAGUGAGACGUCAUUGCUAUGUGUGGAAUAGUGUGUGUAUUCAAGAUCUGCUGGCACAGGGCUCUGUAUCACAGAAUCAUAAAAUGUUGUGUCUAAAGAUUUUAAAAAACGUAUAUAAUCAAUUCACAGAAAAAACUGUGACAAAAUUCAUACAACACUCGUGGACACUCAUGGAAAUAAAUAUUGGAUUUUAUCAAACACAA